ACGAUGGUUGGAGCUCAGAUCCUCCGCUGAGCACCGGAACCACCGGAACCGCUGGGACAAGAGAACCGGAACGUGUCCAGAUGUUCUUCAGCAGAAUGAACCAGAGCAGCUUCCUGUUCGGACCCCUGGACGAGCUGCACGAGCUGCACGAGCUGGCCUUCAUCGAGAGACCGAUCCGCAGGAGUCUGAAGACGGCGGAGGAGAUCGAGCAGCUGACGGUGGAUGAAGACCUCAGUGACAUAGAGAGAGCCGUCUACCUGCUCAGUGUGGGUCAAGAGGUGCAGAGAGCCAGCGUCAUCAGCAACCUGCCGAGUCUGGUCCGACAGAAUCCUGCCGAGACGUUUCGUCGGGUCGUUCCAAAAGUCCGGGAGGUCCUGAACGGGUCCGGAGCUGAGAUCCAGCUGCUGGCAGCAGCAUCGUUUUUAACCAUCCUGCAGGACGACAUCAUCCUGAUCCACACCCACACCUACUCCAUCCUGAAGACAGUCCUGCUGCACCUGAACCACCGAGACCCAGUGGUGAGUAACGCCUGGUUGGAGACGCUGCUGUCGGCCAUCGACUCUUUACCCAAGGAGACCAUCAAACAGGAGGUGCUGAUCCCUCUCCUCCAUCAGUCUCAACUGUCUCACCCUCUUCAUACGCGUCUCGCCAGCUGUCACAUUUUAGGAAAAGUCGCCUGCAAGUUUGAUUCCCACAUAGUGAAGAAGGAGCUGCUGCCUCUCGCUCGCUCUCUAUGUCAGGAUGUGGAGUUCGAGGUUCGAGCCUGUAUGUGCCGUCAGCUGGAGAGCAUCGCUAGAGCAACAUGGGUGGACAACACCAGGACAGAGCUGCUUCCUGAACUGGUGAAGCUCGCCAGAGAUGAGGAGAGCAGCGUGUGCCUCGCUGCCUUCGACACAAUCAUCAAUCUGAUGGAGAUGAUCGACAACGAUGACAGACUCCAUGUGGUGGUUCCUCUGGUGAUGUCGGUGUGCGAGGCGUCAUCUCACGGGGAUGAAACCAUCUUGGCAUCUUUGUCGUUCCAGUUUGGGAAGCUGUGCAGUGGACUGGCAGGCUCUCUGUCAGACGAGCAGAAGGCCCGGCUGCUGCAGAGGUUCAAGCUGCUGUGUGUCACCGGUCUGCAGACUGAAGAACAACUGACAACUGACAUCAGUGAGUCCAAGCUGAUUCGCUGCAACUGCUGCUACAACUUUCCAGCCAUGAUGGUGUUUGCUGGCUCCACCCACUUCCUGUCAGAACUCUACCCGUCCUUUUCCACUCUCUGUUGUGACCCCGACGUCUGCGUCCGUAGAAGUGCUGCAGCCAGUUUCCACCAGGUGGUGAAGCUGCUCGGCUCAAACGUCCAGGUGCUUCAUAAAGAGCUUCUGCUUCUGCUGCAGGACGACGCUCUGGAGGUUCUGGAUGCUCUGAUGAAUCACCUGGAGGAAACUCUGGAGGCGGUUCUGUCCAGAGGAGAGAACCUGAUGUUGGACGACACGUUCCCAGAGCUGCUGGCGGCCCUGUUGUUGGCAGAGCAGAAGGUCGGAUGUUCUCUGCGCUGGCGGCUGCAUGAGAAGCUGCUGCAGCGUUACACCUGCCUGGCCAGACUGCUGCCUGGAGAAGUGCUGCACCAGAGCUUCUCCCCUCGCAUCUUCAUCAUCCUCACCACCAAUAAGGUGUUGCCCGUGCAGAAGGAGGCGGCUCGAACGUUCUGCACAUUCCUCCGUUACAACCGCAAACAGGAGCAGCGUCAGGAGAUGAUGGAGCGACUGAUCCAAGAUCUGGCUCAAGGGCGGAGCUACUGGAACCGACUGAGGUUCCUCGACAUCUGUCAAACAGCCACGGAGAUCUUCUCCAGGAAGUACUUCAACAAACACUUUCUGAUUCCUGCGCUGCAGCUGGUGCACGACCCGGUGGCCAACGUCAGGUACAAGCUGUGCCAGCUGUUGCCCAGGCUUCGCUCGUUGCUCCGGAUGCCGGCCGACAAACAGCUGCUGCAACAACUUGACUUCUGCGUCCAGAAGCUUCUGUGCAGAGAGACAGAUAAAGACGUGGUGGCCACGAUUCGUAAGACAGUGUUGGAACUGGACAAACUGGACCUCAAAGAACCUUUUCAUAAGAGACAGGAGAGAGACGUUCUGGACCAGAAGAAGGAGAAGGAGGAGACUCUGCUGCUGGAGAUGGAACAGCUGGAGCGACAACACAGUGACGGAAAACUCACCGCUGAACCUCAAACGGACAGAAAACGAAGAGAAAGUAAAACCUGUCUCUCUGCAACGAAGUCCAUGUCCAUGUCCUCAUCUGGAAAUGCAUCUGGUAAAGAGAUGAGGAAGUCUAAACUGUCACGGAGUCGAUCCCUCAGCAGUCAGUCGACAACAACCAAACCUGCCAACUCAGAAAGACCUCUGAAGGUUAAGGAGCUGAGCAGCACAUCUGGACCCGGGAAGUCCUCCAUGUUACAGAGCAAAGAUGGCUGUUUGAGGAACGCCCACUUCACUUUGUCAACCCAGUCAAUCUCAUCCAUGCCAGUCCUGAUCCGCAGCAACACCACCAGCCUCCUGGACCGGGCAGGUACUUUGGACCACAGAACCAGUUCCAUAGACCAGAGAACCACUAAUAUAGACCAGAGAGACCACAGGACGAGUACCUUGGAGCAGCGCAGUAAAACAAUGGAGCGGAGUGGCGGGGUUAAGGACAAUCAGUCCAGAAAGUUGUCAACAAACAGGAAGUCGAACUCUUUCAGUGUCCAGUCCGGGCGAGAUUAAGAUGAUGACAUCAACGUACCUCCACCAGACCAUCAGCCAAUCAGCAGGAAGUGGGCAGUUUCAGGACAUUACCCAGAAUGCAACAGGACAUUAUCUCUGUCUUACAGUGACUAACAGAUCUGCUGUAUUCAAAUGAUCUCAUCCUAUCAUCUGAUUGGUUCAGUAAACACAACACAUUCAAACUGCUACUGUGUUCUUAUUGGUUGUUGGUUUCACAUGUCACAUGUUCUCUGUUACACGGGCCAUCGUGACUAGUGUCCGUCCUGGGAGACGGGUCCUCACAUGUGUCCCUGAGGUUUCUACCUUCUACCUGUUAGAGGGUUCAGUAGUUUGACUCUAGUUGAGGGUGAAGAACAGAGGACGUCUCACUUGGUUAAAGACCAGGAGACAAACUGGGACCUGUGAAUAUGAGACUACACUAAUACAAUUUGAUUGAUGAUUGACAUGCCGACAUGUGUCAGAUGAACAUCCUGUCAGGUUUCAAAGCUGAAUAAUUUGUACUGAUGUUUUUAAUCAUAUUGAACUGGAACAAUCAGAGCCAGGCGCUGCCCAGCAUGCAGUGCAGAUCCUGCUGCCUUCAGGAUUCCAGGUCACACAGUUUUUUAAAGCUUUAUUUAAAACCUGAUUUCUUUCAUGUUUAGUUGGAAGUGACAGACCCCCCCCCCCGCCCAUCACGGGCUGUUGAGACGGUGGGAACAGG